AUGGGGGACGGCCUUAAGUACGCCGCUCCUGCAAGCAAGAACGGCUUUGAGAUUGCGAUACUCUGCGCACUGCCCAAGGAACGAGCAGCUGUUUUGUUACUCCUCGACGAUCUCUGGGAUGGAAAGGGCAGUAACCGGCACCGGUAUGCCAGGGCCGAAAGGGACUUCAACACCUAUACGCAUGGGCGGAUCGGGAGGUUCAAUGUGGUUAUUGUUCUUCUUGAGACCAUGGGCAAAGUUCCGGCUGCC